CAGUCGUCACGAGACCUAAGGUUCAGUCUCUAUCUUCGCUUCGUUGGAGCCGGUUAUCGCGACACGGCACCGCAGUCCCCGCACGAUGUUCACGACGCUCGCGGCUUUCCUGAUUAUCCAGGUGUGCAUGGCGUUUGGUCCUCGAGCAACGUUCCGUGCCAUUCCCGGCUCUUCCAGCCCAUUCAGGAGUGCGUGGAGUUCUCGAGCCGUCGUCCGUGUGAGACCCGGUGCCACCAGACGUCCGCCUAGCCAGCAGGGGUGUGUGGAGCUGCGUUCUCGAGCCGUCGUCCGUGGGAGUCCCGGUACCACCAGACGUCCUCCUAGCCAGCAGGAGUGUGUGGAGCUGCGUUCUCGAGCCGUCGUCCGUGGGAGUCCCGGUACCACCAGACGUCCUCCUAGCCAGCAGGCCGUCUAAGCCUCGCUCUUUGCUGCCAUUGGAGAAGAUAUUCUACUACACAAGCCGACACGCCCGCAAAGCAAUUACACCAUUGCAGAAUCGUCUGAAAGCUUGAACCAUCCGCCACACUUAAACUUCCUGCAGUUAAUUUUUGCCCGCGCUCUUUCAUCCCGCAAGGCGCCCGUGAAUCCUGACCAACAAGACUACACACACCUGGAUGGGCUGAGUAGGACCACGUCUGGUGGCACCGAGACUGACACGGGAGACCGACUCGAGGUUCCAACUCCACGUAUACCUGCAAGUUGAGGCCAAGAUGCAUGCGUAUCCCAACGUACGAAGGGCCAGAAAUGAACAGAAUUGGUUAUACAUUCUUACAUUGCUGUAAUUGUAAUCGAAUAAAACGCCACCGUA